UCCUCAGGGAUAAGCGUGUUUGUUUGUGCAGUCAGUCACUAAGGGCUUGUGAAGACAUUUUUGGGCAAACAUAACUGCAACCAUAAUAACAUUAAUAACAAUAACAAAAAGGUGAACGCAUCCUUUAUUGUGAACAUGGCAACAUUUUGCUUAGCAUCUUUUUUAAUCUUUCUAGCAAACUAAGAACUGUGGAAGCAGAGGUCAAGUUCAUCGGAGGAAACAAAAACGUGCUCCCAGUCUAUAAGCGAGAAGGCUCUGAAGAUCUUUUCUUUACUCGAGAUAAGAGUCGAGAAGCUCCUAUAACCCCAACAAUAAGCAGUCGUUCGUUGUAUUCAAGAUGAAGGUGACGAAGAACAGCCAUAAUAAAACAAAGGAAACAUUUGCCACGUGAGGUCGCGUUUACUUGCGCCGGGAUGUUUAAGAGAAAAGUGAUAACCUUGAAGGCGGUUGGCGGGAAUAGAAAUGCGAUUCCGCCCAAACUGCAUUCAUGUUUCCCCCGAUGGGUUUUUUACCCCGACUUAACAACUACCGGGGAAGAAUUUGUGUGUAAUCUGACGUCACUAAUGUCCGCUCACCCGGAUCCCUUCAACACAUAUCAACCCACGACAGUGCAGUGGUCCGACUUUAAAUUCGAUCUCGCCUCAGCUCCACACGAAAUCUCGCAUUGAGGCGCAGUCCGCGGAAAUCCACUCUAUGGAUAAGAUGCAGUACUUCUACUGAAAAUCUAAAGCGAUAAUCCAGUACACGAUUAGUGAGUCCAGUUUACAAAUCACUUAGGUUCAAAGUUUAGCUUUAUUUAGAAAACGUAUCAAUGAGGAUACUAAAAAAGAUCGUCUCCUCAGUCACUGUUGAGCCAGUGAUGCUGCUUGACAGUCUGGCUUUCGCCGGUAUGCAAGUGUACAUCGAAAGCCUCCAGAUGGAUCGCGUCUGCCAAGUGAACGCCGGAUAUUCAGAGGAGAUUUGUCUAAACCUGAAGGCGCACCACAAUGCCAGCGUGACGGUGCAACAGAAAUACAGCGUCUUUGCCCUCUAUAACGGCAUCAUCGGAGCAGUUCUGCCGCUCUUCUUCAUUUUGUUCAUGGGAGCCUGGAGUGAUAAGUACGGCAGGAAAGUGCCCUUGGCAGCGGUGCAAAUUGGUCACCUGCUCCACGCAGGAGGAUAUCUCUUGGCAUCUCUCGCGCCGUCAUGGCCAGUGGAAAUUUUCCUUUUAAUGACACUCAUAGAUACUUUAGGAGGCGGGAACGUGUGCUUCCUCACGGCAGCGAACUCCUACAUCGGUGAUGUGUCUUCGGAAAAGGAUCGCACGUCGAGAGUUGGCUUGGCCAAUAGUAUAUGGUUCAUCGGCGGCCCCGCAGGAACGUUAAUGGCGACGUUUAUUUACAGAUCGGGCGGUUACCUGCCUCUCUUUGCGACCUCCUUGGCCUGCUCCUUGGCGUCCGUGCUCUACAUCAUCAUAUUUCUCCCCGAAAGUCACGGACCGUUCGCUAAAAAAUCCAAAACCGAGACUGCUUGUCAAAAUGCCGUGUCAGUGAUGAAUGACAGUGUGGCGGCUGUUUAUGGCAUCGAGACGCCGGGGCCGAAGGACACUGGUUGCAAUAAAGAGGUCGACUUCGUAGUCAUGAUAAAGGACUUUUUCAGCCCCCAGCGGAUUCUUGACAGCUUUAAGUCAACGUUCAGAAAACGCGAGGGAAACACUCGAGGUUUAAUUCUGAUCCUUAUCGCCACCUGUCUUCUUAAACGAUUCACCAGAUCUCCAUAUGUGUUCGCCUUCACGCGCCACGUCCUCGGGUGGGAAGCGUCUGACUACAGCCUCUGGGUCACCUACAAGAAUCUCAUGACAAGCACAGGAUCGAUGAUGGCUGUGCCAGUCCUCAGCGGAUGGUUGAGGAUCUCGGACAACAGCCUGGCUCUGGUCGGGGCAAUGUCGGGGGUCGUGGAGUACGUCAUCUACGGCUGCGUCACCGAGGAUCGCGUCUUCCUCUUCUGGAUCGCUCCGGUCUCUGCCUUGCUUCUGAAUUCUUGCACAAUUGCGCAACGCUCCAUGAUGACGAAGCUCGUCGGUGGCGACGAGAUAGGCAAAGUAUCGGCCUUUCUUGGUGCCCUUGAUGGCACGAUGCCCAUUUUGACCUCUGCUGUUUACAGCGCCAUCUACCAUGCCUCAGUCAGCACUUUUCCCGCCGCUCACUUCUUCCUGGGACCCUCGGCCAGUUUUCUGAUGAUAGCUCUCUUUUGCGUGAUUAUCGUGAGUGUUAAGACGAAAGAGUAUGACGUAGAAGGAGCCAAGCCACCGAGGGAGAAAGGACCCGUCUUUGACCAGUCUUUCGUGAAGAUCUAUAGUUCACAUUACUGGCUGACUGCGAACUCCUUGGCUCUUACUGCUGUGUCAUGCCCGGAAGUUCCCCUUGUGUUUACUAACGCCGGCAGUCGGGACGCUGAUUAUAAACUUUCUCAGGUCCAGGCAAAGGAACUUCGCAGCAAAGUACAGGAAGCUUCCGCAACAGCAACGUCACCAGAAAGCACGGAAGGGUGUCGUCGUCAACAUGAAGAUGUUGGUAGUCCCAUGGCGUGUCAAAAAGAGAAUCUCAAGAAAUUAAAUACCACGUAGCUACUUUCUCAUUCGCAGUCAAAAAUUUGAAAUCCCUUUUCAAGAACAAAGAACAAAAAAUUAAUUUGAUUGUUUGUCCGGGAAUAAAACGUCACGGGGAACGGAAGCCUUUGAGAAUUGCCAAGAAGAAAAAUCUGUUUCACAAAAUCUGCGCCAUUUCCACGGUGGUAACGAUCAGAGGUAUUCGCGAGCUAACGAAGAGGAAGAAGCAAGUUCACGCCAUGAUAUUCUCGAAAACCACAGCUCCCCCGACCCCGACUCACUGCAUAAUCCAGAGGAAUCUAGGCAUGAACAGUGCCAAAUAGACGGUAGUGAUUCCCAUGGUAAUGAGUAUCAACCACAGGAACGUGACUCAGACAAACUAGGUCAUACAAACAUGUCGUUUCAAGGAGACUUAAAAUGAAUUUCACUGAUACUCAUGAGUUGACAACUAGUGAUGUUUCUUUCGAAAGCAUAUUCAAAAUCAUACCGGCCAGAACACGAACGCUUUUGAAUUCGACAAAAAGGAUUGAGACUGCAAUGACUUGCACAAAUGAGCCUUGCUAGUGCAUGAAAAAUAGUGAAACAAAUAGUGAAUGUCAUGUCUGGCAGUUACACGAUUCUCCUAAAAACCGGUUUGACAAGUUCCACUGUAAAUAAUAAAAAAGAACUGUAUUUAUUGUGCGGAGACAUGUGGUCCAUUUUUAGAAAUUUGCUCUCAUGGAUCAAGGGUUUGGGAUGCUAUAUUCUGUCUUCAUGAAAAUCUUUAAACUAUACUUAGCGUUUGCCACCAGAACAAAAUACACACAAAGUGGGAAUAACAAAUACGACACUUUUGACUUUGGGCAAAGCCACGAUUAUACUCAGGUGAAGGCAUUUGAUCGCUUUAUUCAGUAGAUCUUGCUAAACACUGAUUAUGGCAUAAUAACUCUAUGAGCACACACACAAAAAAUGUAAACACAUCGUAUUUCACAUCGAGAAGCUUUAAUACGUUGACUGAUAUUACUUCGAUGAUAACACUGAUAACACAAAGUCUCAUAAAGGACUGCGAGGGGUUAUUUAACGUUUGAUUGCUGGUUUGUCUCUUAACUUAUGUAUGUAAAUGUUUGUCUGUGGGCAAAUUUCGUUGUAUUGUACGUACUCGUAUGUGUCCGAUACUGUGAUAAAUACUUUAAAA